AUUCAGUUUUGCGUUCUGUUUUCUGGUUUAUGGCAGUUUAUUGUUAACGUGUGUGCUUUUAUUAAAAAUUAAGUUGUAUUUUACUUAAAACUCUUAUUGAAAUUUAUAUCAUUGGAAAGAUAAGAAAAAUUUAAACAAUUUUGUGACGUAGACACCAAACGAUCAAACAAACAUGGUCGGUGGUGUCGGUAACAAGGUGGUGGCCACACUGCGUGCAGAUGGCAAAGUUUAUCCAGCGGAGGACAACUGUAAUCCAAUAGAAAAUCUAGUUAAUUACAAAAUCCGCACCGAAGUGGAAAUGAACAAAAGUCUGAAUACCAUUGGUAUACCGACAACAAUUGUUGAUUUAGGAAAGCAAUUACUGCAAUAUGCACGAGAUAGUGACGUUAAAGGUGUGCGUAAUAUGUUGGCUCGUGGAGCACCUUUUACAUCCGACUGGUUGGGUAUGACGGCGCUACAUUUUGCUGCUAUGAAUAAUCAAUAUGUUAUAUGUGAUAUACUGUUGAAAGGUGGCAUCAAUAAAGAUGCUAAAACAAAGGUGGAACGCACACCUUUGCACUAUGCGUGCUAUUGUGGUCAUGAACGUAUUGUUGAAUUAUUACUAUCCAAAUCAUGUUGUGUUAAUUGCAAAGAUAUGCUGCGUAUGACUCCACUUCACUGGGCUGUCGAAAAGAGAUUUAAGUCCAUUGUGACUUUAUUACUAAAAUACGAUGCUGAUGUGACACCGAUGUCUAAAUUUGGUAGAACUCCAGUCUCACUAGCUGUACUAACUGAGCAACUUGAUUUAAUAGAGGAAUUGGAAGCAGCCCGUCAAAUACAACUGACAAAAAAAUUAAGUGAGGCUCAUGAGCCAAAGGAAAUCGACAUAACGAGAAGGGAAACAUCAAAUGCUGUCAACUCGAUAACAGGAAUACAAAAUGACGAAGAGAAACCUAGCGCUAAAAUGGAAGUGGAUCCAGAAGAUGAACUGAUAAAUGCUAAUGCUGGUAUUUUUGCGGAGACUUCAAUGCCUGACUUCGAUAAUAUUAAAGAAACUGGUACACUGGACAAUUCAACAGUUAAUUUACUGAAAUGUCAUGGCAUUUCAAUGCUCAAUGACGAAGAUGAUAAUUUAAAGAAUUUAUUAAACAAUGCAUUACAGAAUGGAAGAAAAUUAAUGUUAUCAGAAGGCGGUAAAAUGUUAUUAAAUCAAACAAAAACACCACAAAAUAAUAAUAAUAUAAACAUUAAAAAUAAUAAUAAUAAUACUAAAACUAUAGCCGUAGUGAAAAGUGAAGCAGGGCAAAAUACCAACCGCCAGACCAUAACGAUUAAUCCGAAACUCAAGGACAGCUCAAUAAUAACGAAAAAAGGAGUACGCAUACUGUCUUUAAAUGAUUUUAAAAAGUUAUAUGGCAAUAAUCCAAAUGCACCGUCUUGUCAACCGAUUUCAAUAGCUCUGACAAAUGUACGUUCGAAACAUAUAUUGGAGGACAUACGGAAAAAUAAUAUUGAUCAGAAACUUUUUUUCAAUGUUAAACAAUUACAAAGUCGACAGGUUAAAAAACUGAAGCUUGAUGAAACAUGUGCAAAUGGAAUUAUUAGUACAGAAAGUCAUAUCGAAGAAGACGAAGAGCCUGCCACUAAUAUAAUAAAACUAAAUCCAAGUGAUAGCGAUGUUGAAAUAACAGAAGUUGCUGAACCAGUACCAACACCGCAGCCUGUCCGUGUAUUGCAUACGAAGCGUGUGGAACACCCUAAGCCAAUACCAAUACGUCUACCCACCACUGCGAGAAAUCAAGUACUGACGGCGAGUAGAAAUACUAUUGAAGGUCAUAGACCAUCGGCUAUUGUUCCAAUAUUAUCACAAGCAGAAAUAUGCCGACAAUUGACAGAGCUACGAAAGCAAAAUGUUGAACUGAAACGCAAAAUGGAUCUUGUGCUAAAGGAGAAUGAAGAAAUGCGGUCACGUCUAGACCGUUUAGAACAAGUGCAACUGGUUGAGAAUACUGCCGAUCUAUCCGCUAUGUAGCCGAUACCUAAUCAUUAUAAUAGUACUCGAAAAGUGUUCUUACUUGUAUAUAUAAAUAUAUAUAUAUAUCAAUCUAAUACAGUUCUUCCCAUAAGUUUUCAAACGAAUCGCAGACUUUUAGUUUAUGCUUAAGAAGUUUCGUGUUUCAUAAAUUCUGUACAUAAUUUUAAUUUUAUAAGUAAAAAUUGAAUAUAAAUUAUAUUAAUUUAAAAUUUUAACGAUUUAAUCAAAAUGAAUUUGUUCUUAAUCACUUUAAACAGUGAAUGAUUAAAAAUUACAUAUACAAUACUAAUUGUAUUUAUUAUUGUUGCUGCCCGUAUCGUUCCAAGCCGCUCUUAGGGAAAUCUUACAUGGUGCGCUUUUCUUUAUAAGUGGUGAAACAUCAAUGGGAUUGUUAAACGGCAAAACUCCAUAAAAUAAAUGUUCUGGAACCACUAUUAUAUUUUAGGCAUACUCUUAUAAUGUAAUUUAUUAUAGCCUAGAACUUAACAUUGUAUUUAAAGCAUUGAUAUAUAAGCAAGCAUUUACGUUAAUUGCUAACAAUGUAAUUUGUUGGAUUUAUUACAUAUUGAGUAUGUAUACUUUUGUAAUUGUAUUAUAAGUAAAGAUAUACUCUUCA